AUGCCUUGUUGCCUUUUUUUUUUUUUUUGGGGGGACAGCAAAAGGAGAGUGGCUGUUGUCUCUUUUGGUGGGCGGUUCUUCUUUUCCCGGUUGAGCUGCUCCUUUGGGUAUGAGCAAUACCUGUACAAGAGUACCUGUUGUCUUAUGGGGCUUUCCCCUUUUUUCAAACUCUCAACAAAAAUGAACGCCAUCUGCGGCAAAAUGAAGACGUUGGCUUUGCUGCCAUGGGUAAUGUACUUGGUUUCCUGUGCAUCCAUUACACCAGAUCAGACGGUACGCAGUCCAAGUGUAUGCGUUGAAAAAAUGAUGGAGAUGACCAUGUAG